AUGUCGCUGGCGCUGUCUCGCAUGCUGCUCGACAGGUUCUUCCCCGACGCCGGCGCCGGCGACGCGUGGCGGCCGCCGAUGGACUGGAAGGAGACGCGGGACGCGCACGUGUUCAGGAUGGACGUCCCGGGCCUGGACAAGGACCAGGUGGCCGUCGAGCUGGUGGACGGCCGCAUCCUCCGCGUCCGCGGCGGCAAGCGGGGCGACGCCGCCGCCGCCGACGCCAAGGACGGCGCGGCGGCGGGCCACGGGGAAGAAAAGGCGGAGGAGGAGACCGGCGACGGCGCCGUGAGGUGGCACUGCAGGGAGAGGCCCGGCGCGCGCGCGUUCGAGACGCGCUUCCGGCUACCGGACGACGCGGCCGCCGACGAGGUGCGCGCGGCCAUGGCGGACGGGGUGCUCACGGUGACCGUGCCCAAGCGGAAGGGCGGCGGCAAGAAGCGGCACCACGGCGGCAACAAGGCCGCGUGCUGCAGGUUCUGGCCCUGA